ACUUGCAUUGUCUCCGAUGGUUUCAUGCCGUUCACUGUUACCGCAGCUCAAGAAAUCGGAAUCCCUAUUGCAAUGCUCUUCACGGUCUCUGCUUGCUGCUUAAUGAGUUGUGUGCAUUUCCCUCUUCUCAGGGACAAAGGCUUUACGCCACUAAAAGAUGAGAGCUAUCUAACAAAUGGAUAUUUGGACACAGUUAUAGACUGGAUUCCAGGUAUGGGAGACAUUCUACUGAGGGAUCUUCCAACCUUUCUUCGAACCACAGAUCCAAAUGAUAUUAUGUUCAAAUAUGUCAUUGAAUCAGUAGAGAGAGCUCCCAGAGCUUCAGCAAUCGUAAUUCACACAUUUGACGCGUUAGAGCAACAAGUUUUGGAUGCUCUCUCCCCCAUGUUUCCUCGUGUAUAUGCCAUUGGUCCUCUCCAACUACUCCACAAUCACUCACACAACGAUCAGGACCCUCUGAAAUCAGUUGGGUAUAAUUUAUGGAUAGAAGAAACAGAGUGCCUCCAUUGGCUUAACUCCAAGCCACCUAACUCAGUAUUGUACGUGAAUUUUGGCAGCAUAAUUGUCAUGACACCACAGCAGCUCAGUGAGUUUGGUUGGGGACUUGCAAAUAGCAAGCACCCUUUCUUGUGGAUAAUUAGGCCUGAUUUAGUAGUUGGUGAAUCGACGGUCUUGCCGCCGGAGUUCAUAGUAGAAACAAAAGAAAGGGGUCUAAUAGCUAGUUGGUGCCCUCAAGAGGAAGUUCUGAACCACCCCUAUAUUGGAGGGUUCUUGACUCACUGUGGGUGGAAUUCAAUCGUUGAAAGUUUGACUGCAGGAGUGCCGAUGCUUUGCUGGCCAUUCUUUGCAGAUCAACAAACAAACUGUAAGUAUACUUGCGAUAAUUGGGACAUUGGCAUGGAGAUUGAUAAUGGUGCCAAUAGAGAGGAAGUGGAGAAGAUUGUGAGAGAGUUGAUGGAGGGAGACAAGGGUAAGAAAAUGAAGAAUAAGGCCAUGGAGUGGAAGUAUUUGGCUGAGGAGGCCACUGAAACGCGUGGAUCUUCAUCCAUCAACCUAAACAAUUUGGUGGAUGAAGUGCUCUUAUCAAAAGCCUAG